UUUUGAAGGAUGUAACUCUUAACACUAGCUAAACCUGUUCUGCUUCUAUUAAAGGCAUCUCAUUUCCAUGCAUCAGUUUGGUAACCAUUCCUGCUUUGCUUACCUGAUAUCAUCAGCUGAUGGAGUAUGGGGAGAUUUAUCCCCUUUCUGGUGUUUUAAGCAUCUGGGGAAGUGAUUCAUUGGAUUACAGUUACUGUACUUUGCACAUUUAGUACAACACUACUGAAAAUUACAACAGUAAUUUUUUCAUUUCAAACAUAAUUUUUAUUCUAAUUAUUUCAUUGGUUUCCGUUCUUUUUAUUGGUCUGUGAGUCAGAAUCUAGAUAUUUUCGUUUUCUGGUUUUCAUUCUUACAUGAAGGCUUUUUGACAUAAUACACUUUGAAAAUACAUAGGUGUUCUCUUCAAAGUCUAUUCAGAUGUGAGGGCUGGCAUGUUGAAAAAUUCCAUUAAAAAGCAGCAAGUUCAUAUGAGGUAACCCUUUUUUUUCACUUUCUGAUUUUAGUGAAACCACAAGCCAAGCUCUUAAUUCUUGGGGCUAUAAAUACUCGUAUUCUUGGCCAUCUCUUCUAACAUUUUGUGAUUAUUUAAAAAUCCAUUUGUCAUUACAAACCAUUUGUUAUCUUCUUCUAACUUGCCUCACCUUUCUUGUAGUUGUUAAUUGUAUCCUGCAAGCUACCUAUCAGUUGACAGUAAAAGCUCUUGGCUUGAAGCAUUAUUUAUCUAGGAACUAUUAUAAAUUAAUUGUUCGAAGCAGAAGCUGUUCUUUUAUCUUGGGUUGCUUUUACUUUGAGCAACAUUUUUCUUUUAUUCUACUUUCCAUUUUUUUGCAUCAGUUUUGGUGGAUAGAAUUUAGUUGGAUUUUUUCUGUGUAUAUCCAUCACCUGAAUAAGGAAGAUGAGACACUGCUGUUUCUUUGCUUAUUUGUACUACAGUCUCUCUGUAUGCUUUCGCUCUAUGGAUGGCUCCAAGGACUGCGUAUUUCCAUUUUCUAGGAGUUAGUCUUCCACAAGUGCUGUAGAAGAGAAAAUGUUUUUAAUAUAUUUAUUGCAAAGGAUAAGAAGCAAAAGCAAAAAUGUUAGUAAUAGAGUCGACAAAUGCUAGAAAUGAUUUUUAAAUCUUCCUUCCUUUCCCAAACAAAAAAAAAAAAGAGUGAUAAGAGUUUUCUUCAGAAAACAAAGUAUGUUAUCAUUACUAAGAAACUUUGGUGAUGUUUAGUCAGGAUUUUUUUUCCAUUAUCAUUUCAUUCUGUAAGUCAGUAAACUAUUUUCUAAGUUGUGUGGUUCUGCAUUGUUGUAAUGGAACAGUGCAGGAAAUUACAUAGGUGAGCAUCACGACAACUUGAAAUUGGGCGUUUUGAUCUAAGGGAUCUUGGGUUCAGAUGGAGCUAUAUUUUGUUUUGGUUUUUAUAUCACAGUUAAUUAUUCAUGCACUAAGGUCAGUUACACUGCUUUAAUGAUAGUAAUAAGCUUAGUACACUACAGUUCCCUCAGACUGUGGAUGCAUGCAUACAUCAGUGCAGCUAUUCCUUUGGAAAUCAUCAUUCCUAAUUACUGAUUGCUGCUCCUGAGCUUGGGAGUCUCUAUUUCUCCUGAAACUCCCAGUGGAGCUUCUCAUGAGAACCCUCCCAGCCCCAUUUAGUUAGGGUGAUCUAAAUGAAUUUCAGCAGUACGUAUUUGCUGAUCCAACUCAUUUUCACAAAAGCCUUUUAGACUAUGUUUAUGUACAUGGGCAGAUUUAGGAAAUUAUAUAUGGCAGAGGAGCACUGAUCAACAGUAAAGGGUUGAGCUGAUCCAUGUGCCUUUUUUCCCUAAAACACUAUUUAAAAACUUUGUAUGUCUGCGUGUGGCCAUUGUGAUACUGCUAUUUUUGAGUUUGUACUGAUGUGAAUUCAUCCUGUCAAGUCAGAUGAAAUAGCUUUAUUAAAAUUUACUUCAUCUUAGCAAUGUGUAUAAUAUUGUAGCUAUCAAUUAAAAGCGGUGCAGAGCUUCACAAUUUAAAAUUAUGCAGUGACUGAAAGCAAUAAAUGCACAAAUAUUUUGAAGAUCUUAAAAAAAUAGUUUAGCGUUUGACAUACAAAACUGAGUUGAUGACACCCAGUGUGAACAUUGAUUACAUUUUCAAAACAGGAUUUCAGUAUAUCUGAGAGUGUAGAUAGUACCAUGUCAGAUUUGAAGGAUUGAUUGGUGGGGAGCUGUGUCAGUGUUUUAUUUUCCACAACUCAAAAAUAAAUUGAUUGAUUUACUGUAAGAGAAGGAAUUUAGAGCAAUACUUCUAAAAUGUCUGAACUAAAUUACCGAAAUUUUGGGAGCAAAGUGAUGCAACAGAAAACCAUCCUAUGGUAUUUUAGUUUUGAAGCUCAGCACUUUAAAAAAUGCUAGUGAAUAAUGAUGUGUGAAACACAAAAUUCUAAAUGUACGCUCUUGUUCACAAAUUUCUUAUAUUUUACUUGCAUCUGUGUGCAACUAAUUAAAUAUUGAGCAUUGAGUAAGAACUAACGAGCUUUCAGCUGUCAGCAGUACUUCGGAAAAGUAUUUUCAGUGUUCAUAGUUCAUAUAUUUAUAUUAGGGUAAGCUUUGAUCUUUUGCAAAGGUAGAAAAUUGAAAAUGCAAACAUUGUGGUGUCUGCAUAUCAUCAUUUUUAAAUCGUACUGAUAAAAGGUUAUGUUCAGAGGGAUUUGGACACUGAAGAGAAGCUGUUAUCAUUUAGGAGUAUCGUGACAGCAGCAUUUUUAUGCAUGCAUUUAGUCUUAUUUCAGCAUUUGAACUGAUCUUGCAGUAAGUAAAAGAAAAUGCUUUCUAGUUUAAUGAAAUGAAAUUUUGAAGUCUCUAGAUUAAGCCUUUCUAAUUUGCUACUGUGCAUUAGUUUAAUGUUUACAUUUUUGUCACAACUGUAGUUUAUAAACUGACUCACUGAGAAUUUAUGCCGCUGAUUACUUUGAAAUCUCAUUAGAAGUUAUGGAAGUGUUUUGCAGUUCCUGAGGUUUGAAAAGCAUUAUGUUAUUUCCAGGGAAAGACAGUUUGAAAGAUCUAAGCUGUGGAAGCAGAAAGCUAUGAAGAAUAAAAUAAUGCAUCUUGGGACAGAGGAAUAUGCUUAUUAAUGUUUCUAUUAAGAUGAAGAUUAGUCUUCUGAUACAGAGUUAAAAACAUAAUAUUGAAUGAUGUUCAAUAUGUUCAAAUGUUACUUGGAACUAGACUUGCUUUUGGUUUUGCUUUUAGAAAGCCAAAUAAGGAACUAUUUUGAAUCAUUAAAAAAAUGAAGCUUAUUUAUUAAAUGUUUGAGCCACGACUUCUAGAUGUUGGUCUUCAGUAUCACUUAUUUUUCGUUUUUUGUAUAUAUUGAAAAUAGUGAUGUCAAGCCACUGCCUUUAAGAUAAUUGGAAAUUGUAGUUUAACCCUGAAAAUUGAUGUAAAUUUUGUGUCUGGGUUCUUGUUUAGUACUUUCAAAAUCUGGAUUCGUUUUCUGUAUGAGGAUUGUAGGAAAGGAUAAGAAAAUGAAAAGCUGAAAAAUGUAGUAGAAGUUCAGGAAAAAUAUGUUAGAAAUCUCCACAGCUAUGAUGUGAUAUGGUUCUUUAAGAAGGAACUGAAACCAAAAACUGGGCACAUGACCUAAAGCUAUUCAAUGCAAAUAAGAGUGCUUAGCCUCAGUUUUUGGCAAAGGGAACAGUUUUCUUGGUGUUCGAAGCAUGCUGUCAGCUAAACCAGUCUCCGGAUGCAGAGCUAACUUUGACAGUAGAAGAAAUGAUUGGAUUAUAUCUGAAGACUAAAGGCAAUGAGGUUUGCUGGGAUGGGUAAUCUUCUUAAGGUCCUUACCAGGGAAAUUGAAAACUAUCCACAUUUUUUCCUGGAUUUUGAAAAUGCCCAGCCCACAGAUGGAGAAAGAGAAGUAUGGAAUCAGAUCAGUGCAGUUUUACAAGACUCAGAAAGUAUGCUUGCAGAUCUUCAGGCUUACAAAGGAGCUGGACAAGAAAUUAGAGAUGCAAUACAAAACCCCAAUGAUAUCCAGUUGCAAGAAAAAGCAUGGAAUUCAGUGUGUCCUCUGGUCGUGAGGCUGAAGCGCUUUUAUGAAUUUUCACUGCGAUUAGAAAAGGCCUUGCAGAGCUUACUGGAAUCUUUGACAUGCCCACCUUAUACUCCAACUCAACACCUGGAACGGGAACAGGCUCUGGCUAAAGAGUUUGCAGAAAUCUUACAUUUUACUCUUCGUUUUGAUGAACUUAAGAUGAGAAACCCAGCAAUUCAGAAUGACUUCAGUUAUUAUAGGCGCACAAUAAGUCGCAACAGGAUUAACAACAUGCAUCUAGACAUCGAGAAUGAAGUCAACAAUGAAAUGGCGAAUAGGAUGUCCCUGUUUUAUGCAGAAGCAACACCAAUGCUGAAGACACUCAGUAAUGCAACUACACAUUUUGUAUCAGAAAACAAAACAUUGCCAAUUGAAAAUACAACAGACUGCUUAAGUACUAUGGCUAGUGUAUGUAAAGUCAUGUUGGAAACACCAGAGUACAGGAGUAGAUUCACCAGUGAAGAGACUCUUAUGUUCUGCAUGAGGGUAAUGGUGGGAGUUAUCAUACUGUAUGAUCAUGUUCAUCCUGUGGGAGCUUUCUCAAAGACAUCAAAGAUUGAUCUAGUGCAAUUCAUGUAUUAUUGUUCAGUAGUGGCAUGCUUCUGUUCCCAGAUGAAGGGAUGCAUAAAAGUUUUAAAGGAACAACCACCUGACACUGUGGAAGGACUUCUGAAUGCUCUCAGGUUCACUACAAAACACCUGAAUGAUGAAUCUACUUCCAAACAAAUCCGAGCUAUGCUGCAGUAGUGUCCUGAGAUGACUUAGAUGUUUGUAUUGACCACAGAAGAUGUGUAUGUUUACAUAAUUUAAUACAGUUUGAUGUUAAUACUUGUGUGUAUUUACAUAACCAUUUUCUUCACAUUGCUAAAAUAUAUGAACCUGUAGUCAUUACCCAACUGACUAUAUAUAAUGCAGCCUAAGUUUAUAUGCUAGCCUUUAUCUUUUGACCUUUAAAAUACUUUUUUACUUAGAUACUUUAGCUGAAACAGUUUAUCUGUGCAUUUUAAUUCUUAAAUGCCUUCUCUGGAAGAUAAAAUGGAAAUCAGAUAAACUGAAAUGUCAAAGUUACCAUAGGAGAUGAACUUCAAAGGAGGAAAAAGUUAAUAAAAGAGAAAGUAAAAUUGUAGGUAUAGGAGAAUACCUGAAUGUUCAUCAGCUUCAUUAAAUAUGUUGUUUUUCCAGUAACUAGUGGAGAUCUAUCUAAUUUUAAGGGUUAUGUGCUGGCCAACAUCCAAAAAUGUAUUGUAAAGAGGUCACUUUGCUUCUCUUAAUAUGUUUAGACUGUUCUUUUCCACCACUGGGAAAAUUAAUACGUUUUCAGAUAUUAUAUAAAUAAAUAUAAAGUGUAUUUCAAGACCAUUGCAGAAUUCUGAAAACUCUGAUUAAUUUUAUUAGAUUUAGAAAGGUAAGGGAAAAUGCUGAUGUCUUUAAAAGAGAAGGUUUUGCGGUGUAAACACAUAAUGGCAAACAUUAUCUGUUAGAGACAGCUCUUCUAUUAUUUUUGCUAAUACAAAGUUGAAUAAAGGAGAACACUCUUUUGUAGAGUAGACUUCCCUAGUCUCAAAUUGGUCUAAUUAGACUAGGGAUGAUACAAAGAAUUUUCAAGACCUGAGCUGUUCCUAGGCACUCGGUCAAUUUCCUUGAUGGUAAUAUUCAUCAGCUGAUUCAGAAUCAGCACGGAUAUGUUUCAGCUCACUGCUUUUCACUGUUUUUCUAGAUGUGAUUGAUGCUUCAAGGAGUUGAUUUCCUUACUCAGUUGUUCUUACUUUCUAGCAAUUUUCUCCAGUAAGUGGAAUAGAAAUAUUUUGCCAAAAGCAGCAAAGUGCUUGUGCUCUAUUAAAUGUCUUCUCUGAGUGAUCUGCAAUUGCUGUACAUAUUCUUGCAGAGGUCACAUUCUGACAAUAUGUUCAAUUGUGUACUUUGCAUAUGUGCAUGAAAACUCCAGUGCUUGUGCACAGGUUCAGAUUUGUUUAUUCUGUACGUAAUCAGAGGUUGUGUGCUGUCACUGGAAUUUUCAUGCUUUUCACUUCUGGAAAAUAUUAACCAUAAGAGUUUGAAGAUGCAUUUGGUCUGCUAAGACUCAGCUGCACUGUUACAAAUUUAGCCAAUCAACUCUGUCCUUAAAAAGUAUUAACUUUCAUAAGUUCUUUAGAAUUGUGUUAGAGUUUAUUUGUGAGCAGAAUUAUAUGAGGUUUCUCAGAUGUCGUGAGAACCCACAGAUGUUAGCAUUAUACAUGUAACAAUGCAGGAAAGCACUGCAACUGUAGAGGUCGUUUCAUGGAUCUGCAAUUUUAGCAGAUCACUAUGUUAUCAUCGGGAACAGAAUUAGAAAUUGCUAAUUGUUUUUCAGAAGCAGUGCUCACACUACUAUUCUAUAGUAGUAAAGUCACUGUUUACAAGCUCCAUUUUUAAUGGGGAGGCAUUUACAAAUAUAUAUUAGGGGAAAUUCUGUUUUGUUCGUGUCACUUUCAGUUAGUUAAAUGAACAUGAAUUACACAUCAUUCUGUUGACUUUUGGUAUCUAAUUUUAAUACAUGCUUACCUGCAAUCACUUGUCAAGCAAUGAAAUCUUUAUGUUGCCCAGCGAAAUGAUAUUCAUCACUUAUGUAAUAAAAAUGUAAACUUUAAAGCAUUCUGCAAGUUGUUAUGUGCUGUUUGCUGAAAAAACUGAAUUUCUUUGCCUGCUGUGAUGUUUUUGUACAGAAGUUUGUUGGAAAUAAUAAAAAGUUUGGUACAGUAA